AUGAAGCCGAAGCUCUACUUGCAGGUGGAGCUCUCGUACUACCAGGAAAGCUUCGUCGAGGAGGAGCUCAACCGAGGGCAAAAGCGUAAGGCCUCGACCAGCGUCAGUCAGCGGGAUUCGCGCCAUGGUGAUGACGAUGAGCAACUCUAUGAAGUGGAGCGGAUCGUUUCCCGACGAAAGAGAAAGGGGCGUGUGGAGUACCUGCUCAAGUGGAAGGGCUGGGACGACUCGCACAACAGCUGGAUCGCUGCGAAGGAGUGCGCGUGCGACGAGCUUGUGGAGGAAUUCGAGGAGAAUGAACGGACCAGCAAGCGACGAAAGCGCGCCAACAAGACGGCGUCCACCAAAGGGAAGGAAAAGAUCAUGGACGAGUCAGACGUAGAAGAUGAAGUGAACGAGAAGAGAGAAGCAGAAGCCAUAAGGAGGGAAGAGGAGAAGGAGCACAGUAACAGAGAAGAAGAGGAACUGAUAGAUCGACGAAAGCGAAGACGCUCGUCUAGUCAACUCAUCGACAGCAUACUGGAGACUCAGCUGAGUCCACUAGGCGACGAAUCGAUUCUGGACGAAGAGAGCGACGCCAGUGCUCAAGACGAUGACUUCCAGUUGGACGAGUCGUUCAUUGCUACUACUACUCGCUCAACACCGGUCCCUCUCUAUUCAUCUUCGUCUUCGUCUUCCGUCCUCUCAACCGACUCCGGCUGCGCCUGCUACACCGAUCCGGCCAGCCCCUUCAUGCUCGUCGACGGCUUCUGCCUUCGACCUCCGCUGAAUUGCACCAUCAAGCGAAAGCGCAGCACUGGCGCGUCAAACACGGGAAGCCACUCGGCCAUCGGUUUGAAGUCACUCCUGAACGCGGCACCACGGACAGGCACCGCGUGUUCGUGUUCGAACACUGCGAAGGCUCCGCCCCAGAAGACUGGCACCGUGACCCAGAUCAUGAGCGGAAAUGGAGGCAAGGACGUGAUGGUGGAUUUGGUCUUUAGGAUUCUCACAACAUGGCAUCGUCACACAUUCUCCAGCUUCGACACGACCGGUUCCAUGUACGACUGCCUGGACGAGGUGAAGACCAAGGUGGAACAGAUCGUCGGAGAUCUGCUGCGCGAUGUGCCAAACAUCCGGAUCGGUCUGAUCGCGCAUGGCGACUACUACGAUCGCGACAAGCUGCUGGAGGACGGCACCCCGUCCUACGUGAUCCGCCACCUCGACUUCUCCAGCAAUCUGCAAACCCUCUGCUCGUUCAUCCACGACACGCGCGAGACCUGGGGCGGCGGCGACGGAGGUGAGUGUUAUGAGCUCGCCCUGUGGCAGAGCCGUCAGCUGUCGUGGCGUGCGGGCAGCACGAAAGCACUGGUGGUGAUCGGCGACGACCUGCCGCACGUGCCCAGCUUCCCCGGCAACGUGCACAGCCUCGACUGGCAGGCCGAGGUGCGGCGCCUUAAGGCCGAUGGCGUGAGCAUCUACGGCGUGCGCGUUGCGGGCGACGAACACUUCACCGCCGCGCCGGCCGAGGUGGAGCGAUUCUACCGCACCAUGGCGCAGACCACGGGAGGCGAGUACCUCACGCUCGACAGCUUCGCCUCCAUCCACGAGACCAUGCUGGGCAUCCUCUACCGCGAGGCCGGCGACCAGCAGCUGGAGAACUGGGUCAAGUCCAACGCCGGCGCUGGCAACGCCGGUGCGCCUGGCGCCCACGUCUUCCUGACCGCGACGAUGAAGGAGCUGACCCUGUCCACCGACGAUCUGAUGCGCAUCCACGGAGCCCUCCACGACAAGGCCGCCCACGAGGUGGAGGUGCACGGCCACCGCCACGCGGUCACGGUCGGGCGCGCCGGCUGCCGGUUCGUGCGGAUCGAGGGCCUCACCUUCGUUGAGCAGAACAAGAACAAGACGAGCCACUACGCCCGCAUGGCCACGCAGGGCAAGAAGAUCACGUGGGUCGUCAAGUGCGGCGAAUGGGGACUCAUCAUCGACGGCGAGGUCGUGAAGAUGUGA